AGCAGCGAGCUAAUGUGGUUGAACUGUUAAGGGAGUCGCGCCUGAGCUGGGCAGGCUGCAGCUACACAAGGCAUCUACGCAAGGCUUGAGAUCAAGCCGUGGUGGAUGGAAAUAGAGAGAAAGAGAAAGUGAACCCCAGCUGGGAGCUAAGAGACCGGGGAUCGGCUGGGGUGGGACGCGAGGAAGACCUUGUUCUACCUUUGGGAAAGAUGUUUUCAAGGAAGAAACGCGAGUUAAUGAAAACUCCCUCAAUAUCUAAGAAGACCAGGGCAGGAAGCCCCAUACCGCAAACCCCAUCGGAGCUGCCACGGAAGGAUUGCCUGGAAGCGUCGAAUUCCAGCCUGGUGGACCUGUCCAUGUCCAGUGCCAAGCUCAGCAGUAGCCCCAGCACAGUGGGGACACUGAAGCGCCCCACCAGCCUGAGCCGGCAUGCCAGCGCUGCUGGCUUCCCUCUGUCCCCGGCGGGCCCACGGGGCAUCGCCAAGGGACAGAAGACCCCCGCCUCUUACAGCCCCAUCGAGAGCGGGGAGGGGACUUUCAUUGACGUGGAGGACAUCUCGCAGCUCCUGGCCGACGUGGCCCGGUUUGCCGAGGGUUUGGAGAAGCUGAGAGACGUGGUCCUCAGAGACGAUCCCUUGGAGUCUCAACGGCCGCUAGCCCACGAGUGCCUGGGGGAAGCCCUGCGCAUCCUCCGGCAGGUCAUCAACAAGUACCCACUGCUCAACACCUUGGAGACCCUGACAGCCGCAGGAACCCUAAUAUCCAGGGUCAAAGGUUUCCACUAUGAGUCCAACAAUGAGACGGACAAGCGGGAGUUCGAGAAGGCUCUGGAGACCAUCGCAGUCUCCUUCAGUAGCACCGUGUCUGAAUUCCUCAUGGGAGAAGUGGACAGCAGCACCCUCCUCUCGAUACCUCCCAGUGACCAGAAUCAGUCUAUGGAGAACCUGUACGGAGGGAUCGCCGGGCAGGGCGGAGACGGCAUGCCAGCCGGCAUGGAAAGCUUUGAUUCAGUCCGUCCGUCUGCAGAAGAGGUGGAUAUCAUGCUCCAGCGGUGUGAGGGCGGAGUGGAAGCUGCCCUCCAGUAUGCCAAAAACAUCUCCAAAUACAUGAAGGACCUUUUCUACUACCUGGAGAAGAGGACCACUCUGGAGAUGGAAUUUGCCAAAGGGCUGCAGAAGAUGGUGAACAGCUGUAAGCAAACGAUCACUCAGGAGCCGCACAUGCCGUUCCUGUCGAUCUACUCGCUGGCUCUGGAGCAGGAUAUGGAGUACGGCGCCGCAGUCCUGCAAACGGCUGCCACCUUGCAGAACCACACCUUCCUGCAGCCACUGGGAAUGAGACGCCUGGAACAUGAAAAGCGGAGGAAGGAGAUUAAGGAGCAGUGGCACCGGGCCCAGAGGAAGCUGCAAGAGGCUGAGACCAACCUGCGGAAGGCCAAGCAGAUGUACAUGCAGCGCUGUGAGGAGCACGAGAAGGCCAAGUACGUGACAGUGAAGGCUGAAGAGGAACAGCAGAGCACCAGCAGCAGCACCACCACCAAGACCCUGGACAAGAAGCGGCGGCUGGAGGAGGAGGCCAGGAAUAAGGCAGAGGAGUCGAUGGCCACGUACCGGACCUGCAUCGCUGACGCCAACACACAGAAGCAGGAGCUGGAGGACACCAAGGUGAACGUCCUACGGCAGAUCCAUGAGGUGAUCAAGCAGAGCGACCAGGUCAUGAAAUCGGCCACAAUCUCCUUCUACCAGAUCAUGCACAUCCAGACGGCUCCCCAGCCCGUCCACUUCCAGACCCUGUGCGAGAGCAGCAAGCUGUACGACCCCGGGCAGCAGUACGCUUCCCACGUCAAGCAGCUGCAGCGGGGAGACGAACCCGAGACCCAGUACGACUUUGAACCCUACGUGUCGCAGAAUGCCUGGUCCCCCUUCACCCGGCCACGGAAAGGCAGCUUUAAUGCCAAUGACUUCAGUAGUACCGAUGGGGCUGCGUCCUCCAAGGACGGAGGUGUCUCGGAAGGAGGGGCAGCGGCGAGGGAGCAGCCAAGUGGGACCAUGACCGUGGAACGGAGAGGUGGGAGGGGACACCAGGUCCAUAAGUCUUGGCCAACGUCCAUCAUUGAAACAGAGGGCCGGCUGGAUUCAACCUCAGGUACAUUUAGCCAGAAGUUCCAGCGGAUGUCUUCCAACGGCACCAUGUCCUCUAACGAAGAGCUGGAUGAGAAGGAUGAGAACGCGGCCUCGUUUGAACAGAGCAUCAAUGGGAUAGCCCCUGAAAUGACAGCUCCGACGGGCCCAUUCCGAAACGUGGGUUUAUCCAAGGCUGCCCAGACCCAUCGGCUGAGAAAACUUCGUACCCCUUCGAAAUGCCGGGAAUGCAACAGCUACGUUUACUUCCAGGGAGCGGAGUGCGAGGAGUGCUAUUUAGCCUGCCACAAAAAAUGUCUGGAGACCCUGGCCAUCCAGUGCGGCCACAAGAAACUCCAAGGGAAGCUGCAGCUCUUUGGCCGGGAUUUCACACAGGCGUCCCAGAGCAGCUCAGACGGCAUCCCCUUCAUUAUCAAGAAGUGCAUCUGUGAGAUUGAGAAGCGGGCUCUGAAAACCAAGGGCAUCUAUCGAGUCAACGGCGUGAAGACGCGCGUGGAGAAGCUUUGCCAGGCAUUUGAGAACGGGAAGGAGCUGGUGGAGCUGUCCCAAGCCUCCCCUCACGAUAUCAGCAACGUCCUGAAGCUCUACCUGCGACAGCUGCCAGAACCCAUCAUGCCCUUCCGGCUGUACAAUGAACUCAUGGGCCUGGCCAAGGAAAGCCUGCAAGGUGGGGGUGAGACCAAGACCAAGGCUGGGAAGGGAGGUCCCGAGCUGGUGGACAAGGGAGCUGAGACGGACAAGAUGGUGGUGACGUUGGUGACAAAGCUGAAGGAGCUGCUGAAGGAGCUUCCACGGGAGAACCUGGCCACCCUGCAGUACAUCGUGCAGCACCUGAGAAGGAUUGUGGAAGUAGAACAGGACAACAAAAUGACCUCGAGCAACCUGGGCAUUGUCUUCGGGCCAACGCUGAUGCGCCCCCGGCCCACCGAGGCCACCAUCUCCCUGUCCUCGCUGGUCGAUUACCCCCACCAGGCUCGCAUCAUUGAGGCCCUCAUCAUCUUCUACUCAACCAUCUUCGAGAACAAGGCGGCCCAGCUGCUGGCUGGCUCUGACAAAGACGCUGAGGAUGCCGAAGAGAGGACCAGGCGCUCUAGCCAGGACAACGAGCCCCCAGUUCCACACAGCAACAUCCCGUACUUAGAGGUGCCCUCGGAGAAGGGGGAUUCCGAUAACAACGCCGACCCGUACGGAGAAUCUGGCGACCGCUCGAUAGAUUCCGACUCGGAGCUGGAAGAGGGGGCGGAGCUGCCGGCUACAGACGAGGGAGCCCCGAGGCAGCGGCUGGCAAAGCAGGGAAGCGAGACCAGCACGGACGAGGCUCCAUUCUGCGACGACGCGAGCGAGGGGCAGCUGAGCAGGACCUGCAGCGUGGGCCAGUCGGAUGCAGAGUGCGCCUCUUCGCUCCAGCACAGCCCAACAGGGGAGGAAGAGCAGAGCGACCCGGAAGAGGAGUCCGCCUCGGAGAGGGACGGCAAGGCAGGCCAGCAAGAGAGGCCUCUGUCUGACUGUAACACAAACCAGUCCAAUAACACGCUGCUGGCCGAGCGCUGUCGGGGGCACCGGCUGCUGCCCACCGUUCGGCUACGGGACGGCACGAUAGCAGUGAGGUCGGCCAGCGAACGGCAGCCCAGGUUUGUCUAGGCCACCGCGCAGAGGCUACGCAAUGGACAACGGGGCGGGGUGGCUGACCAAACAGGCUACCCGCCCGCAGCUCGGCAAAGGGCGAUGCUGUGCAUAUUCAGGGAAGGGAGGGGUCUAGCACAGCCAAACCUCAGGGAGCUCACAAGGGUUUCGUAUGCUGGCUGCAGACAGUAGAGUCACCUUCUUCUAGUGACUGGAGCUCCCAUACAAACCCCCUCUGCACGGACAUUCGUCAGUCCGACGACGGGUUGUCCUUGCAGCAGCAGCGCCUCAGCUAGACAGGAACUAGAACCAUAAAGCAUAUUCCUUUGAGAGGAGGAGUCCAACGAGGAUGGAUUUGACCUUGUCCUGCUGGAUUGGGAAGGGAUCCAGACCCUUGCUGUACCUAUGCUAUGCUGCCGCAGCGGGUUUAAGCUCAACUUUAUUUAAAUAGCUCUUCAAGAAGAGAGAUGCAGCUAUUGAAGUGUCUAAUCCGCUGCAGCGAUUACUGAAAACUCCAGCUCCCCAGGCUAGGAAGGGAGGCCAGAAGCGCUUUGCGUUUAACUAACCUGUUUUAAGAAAGCAGCACCAUCUUUCCACUCAAGUCUAAGCAUGCCAGGUGGCAGAAUAAAUCUCUUAUAUUUGUAUGGCGUGGAAGAUCCCAGAAUGCUUCGUACCAUGGAGAUGCACAGCCUCUGUGGUGGUAGAUGGCAGACAGGAUGCUACACAGCAGUGGGAGUGGCAUGGACAGCUUUCGGGCAAAUGCCUACCACAACCUCGCCAAGCACCGACAGCCGCUCAGGAGAGGGGGGAAUAAAGCUUCUAGAGGCAGGUUUGGCAGGAAGGUGGAAGUCACUGUUGUCCUCUUGUAUGGCUUGGGGGGUGGGGAACUUCAUGUAUUGGGGCUGUGGAUUCCUGCGUGAUGCUCACAAAGGGCACAAACGAUUAUGGCCGACUGUACCAGGUGUGCCAACUGCAGCUACAAGUGCCCUGCAAGAACCCGGGCCCUCCUGUGAAACAUGGGACUUCACUAGUGACCUGCCUUUCCACACCCAGCUUAUUUACGGUCUCUCUUCCGCUUGGCAAGAUCGUAGAGGACGCUGCGUGAGAGCGGCUGGCUGUUCUCGACUCACUGCUGUGAAUUAGCAUGGAGGGUACCACGGGGCAGUCAUGUUUUCCCAGCUCUAAUUCCUUUGGAUCCUGGGCUCUCUCUAGUCCUUCCUGCAGUUUCUUCUACAAGCGGCCAGUACCCUAACCGAAGCGGUUUUUAAAGGCGCUUGAACUGUAAUUUCAACGAAGAAGGGUUCAUAGUGCUCACAGGAAUGGAAAUCCAUGACGCAGACGCAGCCACUCCAAUGGUGCCUCUUGUUGAGAGCCUGACGACUUGCCCUCUCUGCCUCAGUGCACAGGACAAGCUGCCUUCACGGGGACAGGAGUUGCCAGAAUUGAGCUACUGGACAGUCCAGUGUAGGGGCCUUUUUAGAUGCCCUGUCAACAUGUGCCCAAGGACACAGCUGGCAAAGGAGUUUAAGGGAUUAACCAGAACCAGGUAGGAUGGCUUUAAAGAAAUGCAGGGACUCCCAGCACUGCAGUAGCAGAAGAGACUGAACUUGCAAAUAGAUUUUAAAGCAAAAUAGCUGAAAAUCACUUCCCCUUAUUUCCCACCCCAGCCUGUCCUCAGGCUUCCAUGUUCCUCUUGCAACGGUUGAGAGUGUUGCUAAACCCUGUAAGUGAGCAGGGAGCAAGCUGAACAAACAGCACCAGAUCCCCAGCCAAGUUUAACUCACCUGUGCUGGUGGGAUCACAUGAAGCAGUCGGGUUGCUGUACUUCAACCCACCUCAUGCACGUUACUCCCAACUCUGAGCACCUGCUGGCUGGUGUGGUCAAUCGCUGCUUUCGCCAGCCCACAAACUGUCAUUUUAAGGGUAGAGUCUAGUGAGCUGAACUCAGGAACUCUUAUCUGAACACCGUACCUCUCCACCCUUGAGUAAGUCACUUACCCCUCUGUAGAGCAGGGGUACGAGUCAGCUACCUCCCAGGCCUGUUGUGAGGGUUAUUAGAUUCAGCUGAAAACCAAGCCUGGCAGCAGGAUUCAGCUUUCAGUCAAAGCAGAAUGCCUGCCAUCACCCCAUGGUGUGCACAUAAAGCUCCCACUGUCACUUGUGCACAGGGGGUCAUGCACACUAAUCACAUGGACAAAUUCUAACUGCUAUACUUCCUGCUUCCCCGGCCUCACGCUCCUACCCAACGCUGUUCAACAAGGGCGGGCUGCAUUUCCUAACCCAAGAGAGCCAUUGAGACUAGGCUACAGGCCGAGGCUAUUAAAAAAAAAAAAAAAGCCACAGCAGGAGCCAAAGCUGCUUUCUAUGACUUCCACACAGACACUCUUCCUCAGCAACUUAUGGCAUUGUCUGUCCCCGUUCAGAGAACAGGCUUCACCACUAGAGGUCACUACACACAGUUCACAGAUUAAGCAGACAACCUGCAGCAGGUAGAGAGACCUUUGGCACUCUGAACCGAUUGGGGCGCUAGUAGUCUCAGGCCCAGAUCCUCACAGGGGUUUAGGCUCCUGACUUCCACUGAUUUCAGUGCGAAGAGCCUAAAAUACCUCGGGGGCUCUGUCCCUUCCCAGGAGAGGCCACCAAAUCAAGCCACCCUAGGGCACAGCUACUGAAUGGAUGGCUACCUCACAGGCUUGGGAUGGUGAUUACACACUGCUGCGUUAUGAAGGAUGGAAUAAAGAUUCUGUUGUUCAGCCAAAUGUUAGAGACUCCAAAGCUAAGAGGAUCGAUAAUCGUUGAAGCAAGUGGCAAGAACUCAGGAAUCUGUGAUGCCUGGAACGCUCCAAGACCCAGUUAAAGGAAUCCCAGAACCAUUUCUUCUUGGUGAAGAAAUACAGCUGCUUGUAGACCACAAGCUGGUUUCUUUGUAACUGAGCUGGAAGAUUGCAAGACUCCUCACUGCAUCGUCGUUCAAUACAACGGUUACAUUUCCCUGCAGCUUGUUUCCAUCAGAGGAGAAGGAAUCAGAACCGCUUCACUACAUUCCUGUCCUACUGCUAACCCUGGGCAAUAUGGGGAGCAUGUGUGCAUGGACGGCUGGGUGGGUGCACAAGAGGGAAUGGAGUUUCUGUGUUAUGAAUGCUGUGUUUGUGCUUAGCAUGGUGCCAGGCAUCCUGUGUUUGUAUAUUGUUCAGCUGCGAGAGAUGGAAGAUGUUUAUUUGAAUGUGUCACAGCCUUGCUGCACACAGACAUCUUACUUUGUUUGUAAAUUCACAUGCUUCAAAGAAAUAAAAAUGUGUUCAGAUGAUCA